CCACCUUUACUCUCUUUCUCUCUUUCCCUUCCGUCACUACCUUUACUCUCUUUCUCUCUUCCCCUUCCCAUUUCUGUUACUAUUCAAAAAACUCUGUUGUGUGUGUUGUGCCAUUUUUUUUGUGUCUUCGUUAAUCUUCUGUUCCUCCCUCUUUCUCUUCCUCAUCUUCUCCUCUUUUCUUUCGCUUAAGGGCCUUCUUUGUUAGAUUUUUUUUUUCACUUUGGUUUUUAUAUUGCUUUGGACGGAAAAAAGGUGUGACCUUUGUCUUUUUUAUUCCUUUUGUUUAAUUUUUUUGUGGUGAUUUUUGGGACAGGCUAACGGCGGUGUUGAAGGUCAUGAUGCUUUGCCCAUGCAAGGGCCUUCUUUGUUCGAUUUUUGGGACAGGCUAACGGCGGUUCUGAAGGUGACGGUGCUUUGUCAUGCAAGGGCCUUCUUUGUUCGAUUUUUUUUCACUUUGGUUUUAAUAUUGCUUUGGACGGGAAAAAGGUGUGACCUUUGUCUGAUUCCGACGAGGUUCCACGCAAAAAAGGCUAACGGCGGUGCUAAAGGUGACAACGCUUUGCCAUGCAAGGGCCUUCUUUGUUCGAUUUUUUUUUUUGCUUUGGUUUUAAUAUUGCUUUGGACGGGAAAAAGUUGUGGCCUUUGUCUGAUUCCGACAAGGUUCCACGGAAAAAAGGCUAACGGCGGUUCUGAAGGUGACGGUGCUUUGCCAUGCAAGGGCCUUCUUUGUUCGAUUUUUUUUUCACCUUGGUUUUAAUAUUGCUUUGGACGGGAAAGAGGUAUGACCUUUGUCUAAUUCCGACGAUGUUCCAUUUUUAUCUAUUUUCCCCUUGGACAGAAAAAAGGUGUGACCUUUCACAACAAUAUGAUUCACAUGUCAGUGUUGAAGGAUAAAGGUUCCAUUUUUAUCUAUUUUAUUCCUUUUUGUUGUCUAAUUUUUUGUGGUGAUUUUUGGGACAGGCUAACGGCGGUGCUGAAGGUGACGACGUUUUGCCAUGCAAGGGCCUUCUUUGUUUUUUUUUUGGCUUUGGUUUUUAUAUUGCUUUGGACGGGAAAAAGGUGUGACAUUUGUCUGAUUCCGAUGAGGUUCCCUUUUUAUCUAUUUUCCCCUUGGACAGAAAAAAGGCGUGACUUUCGCAACAAUAUGAUUCACAUGGCAGUGUUGAAGAAUAAAUGUUCCAUUUUUAUCUAUUUUAUUCGUUUUUUUAGUCAAAUUUUUUGUGGUAAUUUUUGGGAUAGGCUAACCGCGGUGCUGAAGGCGACGACACUUUGCUGGAUUUGUUCUUUAUUUCUAAGAAUAUUUGUGAUUUUUUUCUCAGGAAACUCCUCUUCUCUGGAAGACUAAAGGUGUCAUUUUUAUCUUCCAAAUCUAUUCCAAUCACACUAUUUUUCCUGAAACCUAAUCAAUUUUUUUGCCUCAUUUUUCGUGGUCGAUUUUUGGGACAGGGUGUAAUGUUGUUGUAAGUCUAACAUGUUGAGGCAACCCUUCACAAGGCAAUAGAACAUUGUCAUCCAAACCUGUGUUGUUUCAUCCUUUGGCAUAAUCUUUAGCAGAACCUUCUUUCUUUCACUUUAUUCUAUGUCUUUGUGAAUUUGUUAUUAUUGUUGUCAUAGCUGUAGUGUUUUGAAUUGGUUAGUUUUUGUGAUUUGUUACCUUUUUUUUGUUUCAUGAGCUCGAUAUUGUUGGUUUUGAAUUUAACAAUUUUUUUUUCCAAGCUUGGAUUUUUGUUUCUGUUUCAGAUUUUGCAGUGUGAUAGUUUGUGGGAGAUUUGGAUUUUAUUUGCUGUGAUUUUCUUUAUUAAAGUUCUUUUUUCUUGCAAUUUUUAUUAUAACCUUACAUUGUUUCUUACAGGAGGGUGAAACUGCAUCUGAGAAGGUGACCAACAAUUACCAUGUUCUGAGACAAAUAGAGUGAUGAUGACCCCAUUUUUAUUGAUGGAGAAAUUUUUAUGUUACUUUGUUUUAACAGUUUAAAGUUUUAAUUUAAUCAUUAUGGUUUUCAGGCAAUGCAUUUUAUUGUUUACAAUUUGCUGAA